AAACUUGCAGUUAAUAUGAUUGAUAUAUUAUUAGGGCUGGAAGAUAUACAAAACCUUAUAAAAGCCGCUGAGAGUACAAAUUUUGAUUUAAUUUUUGUAGAAGAUUGUUUCAGAGCAACAUUAAUUUUUUCUCACAUAUUUAAAUCUCCAGUAAUAGAUAUAAGUUCGUUUGGAGGUACGUUUGAAACAUUUGAGUCAGUAGGUGCUGUGACACAUCCAUUUUUUUACCCUCUAGCUGUCAGACAACGAUACGAUAAUCUCUCGAUGUGGGAAAAAAUAUCAGAAUAUUACAUGCAAUACCAAUUACAACGGGCUUUUAAUGAACGAGAAAACAAUGAAAACGAAGUAUUUAAAAAAUAUUUUGGAAUAAAUGCUCCAACUUUAGAUGAGUUAAAGAAAAAUAUACAUAUGUUAUUCUUAAAUAUUCAUCGAAUUUGGGACUCAAAUCGGCCAGUUCCUUCUAAUGUUGUUUAUUUAGGUGGUCUUCAUAAGAAACCGAAACAAGACUUACCAGAGGAAUUAAAAUCGGCUCUAGACUCUUCAACGAAUAAUGUAAUCUAUGUGAGUUUUGGAACAAAUAUAAAUUCAGUAUUGUUAUCUCAAAAAAGACUAGAAACAUUUGUUGAAGUAUUUUCAAAGUUGCCUUAUGAUAUUUAUUGGAAGUGGAAUGAUAAUAAUCUUCCUGGAUUGACAAAAAAUAUAAAAAUAAAGAAAUGGUUUCCUCAGUCAGAUCUGCUUAGACACCCUAAAGUCAAACUAUUUAUAACCCAAGGAGGGUUGCAAUCUACAGACGAAGCUAUAGAAGCUGGUGUUCCUCUUGUUGGAAUACCAAUGAUUUGGGAUCAGUGGUACAAUGUCAACAAAUACGUACAAUUGAAAAUUGGAAUCAAGUUAGAUAUUAAUACUAUGACCGAAAGCAACUUGAAAGAGGCUAUAGAAAGUGUACUUAAUGAUGAAAGUUACAAAAAGAAUAUACUGAAGGUACGCUCGCUAAUGCGAGAUCAAUCAGAAUCACCCCUAGAGAGAGCCGUUUGGUGGACGGAAUAUGUUAUACGUAAUCGAGGGGCAGAACAUUUGCGUGCUCCUACUGCGAAUAUGAGCUGGGUGGAAUACUAUGAAGUUAAACUUAUAUUGACUAUCUUAUUAACAUUGAUUUUAAUAUUGGUGUCAUUAUCAUUCUUGCUAUAUUCUGCUGCUUUUGUGCGUUUUAAAUGUCAAUGCAAAUUUAUAUAUACCGACAAGAUUAAAAUGUUGUCAAAAAAUAUCAUCUGUGUUUUAAUUUUGUUUCAACUCUUAGUAAUAUCGAGAACGGCUAAAAUAUUAGCAGUAUUUCCAGUUCCUGUUUUAAGCCAUCAAUUGGUGUUUCGUGAGUUAACACAAGAACUGGCAAGACGUGGUCAUCAUGUUACUAUUGUGACUGGAAUACCUUUAUAUCCUAAAGGACAGGCGCCAGCUAAUUACACUGAAAUUGAUAUACGUCCAGUGACAGACAAUGUACGAGCCAAUCUUUUAAACGAAGACAUCAAAUCCUCGGAUGACAUAAUUGCUCAGUUUGAAGUAACAUUUAAGGCAGUUACUAAAAUAAUUGAAGGAUUACUAGAACUUAAAGAUGUUGAAAAUUUAAUUCAAGAUAAAAGUGCACAUUUUGAUGUUAUUUUUGUAGAAGACUGUGUGAAAGCAUCGUUGAUCUUUUCUCAUAUAUUUAAUGCACCAGUUAUCCAAAUAAGUUCUUUUGGAGGUACUUUUAAAACAUUUGAGGCAGUAGGUGCAUCGACACACCCAUUUUUAUACCCACUUGCAGUCAGACGUAAAUAUAACGAUCUCUCAAUUCAAGAAUACAUUUCAGAGUUUUAUCUGUUGUAUAAAAUUGCAAAACUCUUCAAUGAUGCUGAAACUUUAGAAACAGAGAUAGUGAGAAAACGAUUUGGAAAAAAUACGCCAAGCAUACAUGAUCUACAAAAAAAUAUACAUAUGCUGUUUUUGAACAUACAUCCUAUUUGGGACUCAAAUCGACCUGUCCCUCCUAAUGUUAUAUACUUAGGAGGUCUCCAUCAAAAAGUGCUCAAGGAGUUACCUGAGGAAUUAAAAUCAUCACUUGACUCUUCAAUCAAUGGUGUCAUUUAUGUCAGUUUUGGGACCAAUGUUGACACGGCGAUACUCCAUGCAGAAAAACUUCAAAUAUUUGCUGAUGUCUUUUCAAAGCUCCCUUAUGACAUAUUUUGGAAGUGGAAUGAUGAAAACCUGCCCAACUUGUCUCAAAAUAUUAAGGUUAUGAAAUGGUUUCCUCAAUCAGAUUUACUAAGGCAUCCAAAAGUGAAACUUUUUAUAACUCAAGCAGGCUUGCAAUCUACAGAUGAAGCUAUUGCUGGUGGCAUCCCAGUUAUUGGUGUACCAAUGAUGUGGGAUCAAUGGUUUAACGCAGAUAAAUAUGUACAGUUAAAAAUUGGUUUAAAUUUGGAUAUUAACACACUCACAGAAACCAAAUUGCGAGAUGCUAUAGAAAUUGUUCUUGACGAUAAAAGGUACAAAGAAAACAUACUGAAGUUACGCUCGGUAAUGCAAGAUCAAUCAGAAUCACCUCUAGAGAGAGCCGUUUGGUGGACGGAAUAUGUUAUACGUAAUCGAGGGGCAGAACACUUGCGUGCUCCUACUGCGAAUAUGAGCUGGGUGGAAUACUAUGAAGUUAAACUUAUAUUAGCCAUCUUAUUAGCGUUGAUUUUAAUAAUGGUUUUAUUAUCAUUACUUUCAUAUUUUGUAUUUAAGAGUUUUAUUAAGAAAGUUAAAUUGGACUGAUUGGUUUAGAACACAAUUAAAACUGUAAAUAAAAUUUAUACUUAGUGUAGGUCAUGAUAGUUAUAGUUGUAUUACUAUUUUUACCAAGAUAAUAAUAAAAUUGAAUUAAAUGAUGGUGAUCAAAAACUUCAUCUAUUGAUAUCGUAAUAGAGUUUAUCUUUCUCGGAUUUCAGUAAUGUACUAGUAGCAGCAGUAGAGAGACAAAGAGAUGAGUCGUCAUCAACCCAUAUUCGGCUCACUGCUGAACUCGAGUCUCCUCUCAGAAUGAGAGGGGU